AGCUUGAACCACGCAUUGCCGAGUCGAGUGAGAUUUUAAGGGAUGGUUUUGCUGCAAAUAACGAAGGUAUAUAGCUAUAUGUUUGUUGUUUUGCCAUACAUAUUUCGUAAGUUUCGUACAAGUUUCUCAUUUCCAUUAGCAAUAAAUAAGAUAGAAAUUAAGUGUGGAUUAAUUUUACAUUUUAAAAUAAAAAAGGGUGUAUUAGGGCACAUUGUUGCUUAAUGGGUAAUGAUCGAUCUGAUUCGCUAGCGUGAACGGCUCCUAAAACGACCACAGAGUAAAUCGAGGGUGCAUUAACUACUUCAGUAACCGAUCCGCUUUUGUUUUCUAGAGCUCUCAAAAGUCGUGCAACUCUUUAGCGAUGACAAGGUAGCUGGUUUCUUUUAAAUUAACUUUCUUAGCAGAAGAAUAGAAUGACGUUUAAAAUUUCGGUUAUAAAAUUUUAGAAUUUUUCAAACAAUUUUUUUGGUGUUGGGGACUGGUUUUAAGUCUACUGUCCAACAGAUAUUUUCAAACUGAUAUACUGUAAUAACCUAAUAUGUAUCUUUUCAGGAUUUAUUGAAAUACUCUCUGGAGGACCUGUACAAACUUUGGCAGUGUAUUGCUGAAAUAUCUUCUAAUAGACAAGUGUACAUUAUCGACCUCGCCAAGACGUUUGAAACUAUUGAGCAAGAUCGCUAUACAAUGGUAUAUAAUUACUAAACUUUAUCAUCAGUUCUAAACUUAUUGUUCUUCAAAGUACACACGCGUAAAAACGCACAAGUUGUAACAAACCUGCAGCAUGCAGGGUUGUAGCAAUGCUGUUCCAACAACUUGUCAACAGCAUGUGUUCGCACUGUUUGUUCCCAGCUUGUUGACAAGUUGUCAACGGCUUGAUGGCAACUAGCUUGCUGCAAGGUAGUUGAACUCAACAGACUUGUCACAAGUUGUUCCAACAACUUGCAAUUCAACAACUUGUCAACAAAUUGUGAGUGACAAUCUUGUAGCAAUUUGAUCAAAUAACAGCAUUGUUACAACUUGUUGACAAGCUUGCUACAAGCCUGUUGCGAACACAUCUUGUUGAUAUGUUGAGAGAUUCUUACGUGUGUAUAAGAUAAGGGACACCCUCAAUGAUCCAGUCUUCUAUAGCUGGGCUUCAGCCACGUCAUACGUUGGAAACACAUUUAUCGGAUCGAGUUAAAUAUUCAUUAUAAGUAUUGAUCUUGUGUUUGGUAUGAAAUAUAUGCAAUUUAACGAAGUGUACUUGCUUACACAAGGCAUAAAGCGGCAAUAUGUAUUAGACUUGAGUGAAACCCACCUAUACAUGAUCGAGGAGCAAACCUAAACUAACAUAACUGUAUUUAUACUAGUAGCCUAUCACAGACGUAAUCGUCCGGGUUAUACAAACGGGGCCUAAAAAUGGUUAUAUUUAUAUAUGUAUAUAGCAGUGAGACACAAAUUCUCGUUUGUUGGUAUGUAUAGGUUUGUGAAACGUUUAAAAAUUUCAUUUCGACAUUUGUAAACAUCGCUUAUCUAAUGUCGUCCGAUGUUCACCGUAUGAUGGAAAAAGAAGCUGACGAAAUCAACUCAACAAUGAUAUGUAAUCGCAAAGCUUACGCAGACCUUGUUACCACGUUACACAAAGGUUAGUUACAGGGUAAGGGGGUAGGGAGCAGGGCAGGAAAAAAGAAUUUCCUUCCUGGGAGCACAACCUGGAGACGAAAAUAUCCUGCAGACCAACGGAGUAUUUUUGUGCUAAAUCUGCAUGUGCAUAAACGUAUAGUAUUCUAGCUGACCAUGGUUUUAAAUUCAAGGAAUAAUGUCUGUCAACCAUAUGUACGUUGUUGUACCCAUAGUGGGACAUGGGUGUUAAGCUCGCCUAUUUUGUCCGCCCCUGGGGGGGGGGGGGUGUAAGAGGAGGGGAGGGGGUGCUUCCCAGGUCGGAGGAAAUCAACUUUUAAGCGUGAUUUGUAAUUGAAACCUUAUGCAGGGGGGGGGGCUCUCCAGAAAGAGGUGGGGAAAUAAACUAAACAAUGGUUGGUAAGAAAAAAAUAUUAGGCAGAUUAAUUUACCAAAGGGUGAAUUGUAGUUCCUACGAGACAAUACACGCUUUCGGAAAGUGCGUCAUUUUGGCUAUAGAUCCUCGUAUGUGUGACAUUGGUUGAAUUCCGACGUCUCAAUCACGAAAGCGAGUGUAUUUGGUGUUAGAUACGUUUGUGGUUAAAUUACUAAUAAGCAACUUUAAUAGUAUAGCGUUGCUAUAAUUAAAUCAACGUUUAUCCAAUGUUUUCGUUGCCUCGUUAUUAGGCGCAGUUGAAUUGGAAAGAAAAUAUUACCAUAUAUGGGAAACACGUGUAAAAUCUUGGAAACAAUUAAAGAGCAAAGAAGCUGUGCAGGGAUUUGUGUAUGUGGAAAAGAUUACAUACAAUAUAUUAACGUGUAUAACAGCAGUACAUUUAGUCAAUAGAAUGAGAAAGUUGGGAAACUCGAUGCAGACCUCAUUACCGGUAUCUAUGUUUUUGUCUUGGUUUAGACACGUAAAAACGUAUUACAGGAUCUGCAAACAAGUUGUAACAAGUCUGUUCACAAGCUGUCGAGGAGGGACAAGAAAUGUGGCAGCACACAUUUAAAUUAAAUCUUUAAUGUAAAAAUGAGAUAUUUCAUUUUUCUUCACAUAUUUGACGCCUGUCACCAUAUAUUUUGUCCCUGCAAACGAUCCCAGAAUGCACUAUGAUCUCUGUUGAGAAAAGCUAAUACACACACAUGACGAUGAACCGACCGUUUCUUGCAUAAACCAAGGCAAAAACAUAGAUAAUGAGGUCUAUUAUGUCCGCAUUGAGUUUCCUAACCUUAAUUCUACCGGGUGUCCCAAAAAAAAGUACUCCGGUUUGAUUCCUAAUAACUUCUAAACAAGUAAAGCUUUUAACGAGAAAUAACUUGCAUCAAAUAGAGGAAGGACUAACUUAGAUUUUGAUAUAUUACAGUUGUAUUUCACUUAAAAAUUCUCGGAGAUAUUAAUGUUUAAAAUCGGGAGCAUAUUUCUGGAUGUGUCUGAAAUAUGCAAAAAACGGCGUAUCAAAUAUUAAUCAAGAUUUUCCCAACUGAAAUAUGCACUAUUACCAGUAAAUAAAUGACACUUGACAAAUUGUUUAUUAUGAAACAAAGUAUUAUUAUCUACAAAAUACAAACAAGAUUUAUUCGUCCGAAAUCCACAUGUGUUCCUAGCACGAAUAUAUAUACGUUUCCUUAUUUCAUGAGACCACUGCAUUGCGAAGGAUCGUCAUGGAUCGUUCGUAGUUCAGAAUUAGGGCAUGCUGUCACAAUGGAAUUGUGAAGCUCUUCUAACUUCUGCAGUGUUCUGAAAUCUUGUUAAGAACACCUAAACUCUUUUGCCUUUUCUUAAUCUUGGCAAGUUCAGAAUAAACUGAGAAUGAAACACAAUCAAACCAUAAGACAUAACAAGCAACUCCCCAGAGACAUCCGACAUUUUUGGAACAAAACGUAUAACAAAAUAGUAGCGUUGAUACUGUGAUGCAUGUGUAUUUGCAAAAAGCAAUAUUAUUACCUUCAUUAAAGAAUAAUAUUCAUCCUGCUCUAACCGAGAAAUAAUCAACUCUGUUUUGAACCCAUGAAAAACAUAAAAAAAAUAGGCUAUUUAAGAAAAAUUUAAGCGUCUGCCUUGCAUGGUCUUUAUGUACCUUUAAGUUUGUAAAGACCUAUUAAAUACUUGCAUAAUUUCGAGCGUUCAUAUUUCAGGAAACAAUGAGCUAAGACUUACAUGUAAGAUGUCUAAAUCUACGCCAUAUCCCUUACAAACCCUAACGACAAUUCGCUGAAAUACAAGUUAGCCUGAUAUGCCAUUAAGCAAACAAACGCUGGAGUUAAUAUUUGAUAUGUCGAUUUUCGCCAAUUUUAGACACAUCCCAAAAUAUGCUCCCGAUUUUGAACAUUAAUAUCUCCGUGAAUUUUUAAGUAAAAUACAACUGUAAUAUAUCAAAAUCUAAGUUAGCCCUUCCUCUAUUUAAUGCAAGUUAUUUCUGUUUGAUAGCUUUACUUGUUUAGAAGUUAUUAUAAAUCAAACCGGAGUACUUUUUUUUGGGACACCCGGUAUAUAAGCAGUAACGCAACGAAGUGGAUUUUGAGUGCUAGUAUGCCUUUGCCAAAGACGUCAGGGUAUUUUUAAUCUCUCGUAUUUUUAAUCCGUUUUCCAGGCAGUUGCAUAACAGAACUCGCGACAGAAACAUGUAAAUUAUGCUUGACCAUUUAACAUAGAAAUUAUUGGGGGUUUUUAGUGACUUCAUGAACAGUACGGAGAUACGACAGCCUCCGGGAGUGUUGCGAUGUUUGGACGAAAUGAGAGAGAAACAGAAUGCCCUGAGUACAAAACGAUUAGGGUUGUUGAACUCUUUAAGGUAUGAAAAAAAAAUGUCAAUUUGAUUAUCGAACUUAAUAACCUCAGCAGUCAGCAUAUUGGUUCUUUUCACCUCCGCCUGACUGGAUGGAUUUCAAAACUAAGGAGAAACCGGGGGGGGGGGGGUAACCUCUUAACGUUUUCAUCUAUGACAUAAAAUAUACCAAAUCUGUGACUUUCAAAUUAUCAUUAAACGUGUCUAAAAUGCAUGAAAUAGCCUAAAAAAUACCGACCCUAAAAGGGCCCUCAUUGAUACCAGUGAUAUAUUACUGAAGAAGUUAUACCCUACGGAAAUAAAUUUGAUUUGAUUUGAUUUGAUUUUGAUUUGAAAAAAUUUCCGGCUGCUCCCUGAUGGUAAUGGGUUUGACCUAAAGCCCUACAAAUGCCACAGAUUUUCUUUGCUUAGCGAUGUUUCUUACUUACUGAUUCCACUGAUCUGUGUUUAGACCUGAUAGAGGUAGCAAACCGAGUAAAGUUAGUUGAGUUAGUGUAUUUUGUCAUUCUAUACAAUUUACUUUGUACACAGAGACAUGAAGCCACCGGGGUCGACCAAAGCUGCAGUCUAUCAAUGGAAUAAUGCUCUGGGGCAUGUCACCGAUCAACUUGGUAAGCUUGCGGCUACAUACGUCAUUUCAAAUAAUUUCUAAGUAGUAUGUAAAACACGAGAAGGAGUGUUUUAUCAGAUUUAAAACGCGCCGAGGCGCAGCCAAGCGUUUUAGAUAUGAUAAAACGCGAGUUCAAGUGUUUUGUAUAGCUUAAAAUACGACUACAAAAGAAUACGAAUUAUGAUGAACUAAUUAGGAUGAACAAUUAUACUAAGAAUACUAAUGAAGAUGAGUUUUAUCAGAUAUAAAGUCACUCCACGUGACAUGUUAUAUGGCUGACAUUUUCCACAAGGUUUAUGAAUUUUUAAUGAUUAUUUUAAUAACAUAUUUAAUCGUUGUAACGUAAUCAUGUUAUGCUUAUAUUAGGUUAGCCAAAUAGAAGAAGUGAAAUAAAAAUGUAGCAAAAUUUUAUUUUUGUGUGAAGUUGCCAACGAUUUUCGUUCUAUAGAAAAAACAAACAAGAAGUACAGAGAAUAUGUACAGGAUGCAUAUGACAAAGUGAUAGAACAUUGCUACGAAAGAGUGGAAAAGACAAAGGUUGGAACUAUACAGUCAUAUAUCAUUAAGUGUAGUAGGUUCAUUUUUCAUAGCUGCUCCAGGGGCGUCGUGGGUCGGUAAUUGCUAGAUAGUAUACUUCAAAGUAAGGUUUCCGUUUUUAUAACGUAGAAAAAACCAUCCUAACGCAAGACUAAACCCUAACCCUAAUACUAACCUUAACCCUAACCCUAACCUAACCCUAACUUAUUUCAAAAAUUGAUAUAAAAACAGAAACCUUAUUUUGAAGUAUACUAUCUAGCAAUUUCUGUCGUGGGUCCCAUGUUUUUUUUGUUGGGUUUUUUUUUUUGGGGGGGGGGGGCAAGGGCAGUAUUUUUCCGACAAACUCAAUUGGAAAAAAAUUAUUUCCGGACAAGAACAUUUUAAUUUAUCCCCUCCCCCGUCGACCGAUUUACAGUUUUGACGAUUCUUUCCGAUGGGCCAAUAAAAAAUUUCGUGUCAUGUCACCUUUAAGAGCAAGUGUUCUUUCUCUGACUUCCAAAUACAGGCAAGCAGGUUGAAAAUACGAGGCGAAGCCGAGUUUUGUUAACCAGCUUGUCUGUAUUUAGAAAUCAGAGGAAGAGCACUUACUCGUGUUGGAUAUAGCUGCUCAAACGAAUCAAUACUUUAAGAGAAAAUCGAGUUUAAAGUUGACGAAAAACGGCUGUAAUCUUCCUCUUAUUUCUAAAUACAGAAUUAAUAUGCAUUUCUUUAAAAUUUCCUUCAUGAAUUAUUAAUGAGUUUGAGAAUGGGAGCUGGGAGACCCGGGUUCAAGCCAUGGUCGGACCUCCACUCAAGGUCUUAAAAUAAUUGAGAAGAAAGUGAUAACUUUACAUGGACAUCGGUAAUUAGUAUAAACCUACUAGUAGGCUAUCAUAUUUCGUGCGUUCUGAUUGGCUACGCUACUAGUAGGCUAUUAGUGAUAGCCUACUAGUAGCAACAAGCGGCAAAGGGUGCGAGAGUCAAUUGCCGUUUUUAAGUAUUAAAAGCUUCAAUUAAAGAGAAAAUGCUUAUCAAAAUGGCCUAAUUUUGAUUUUGGAUUACACACAAACAAAGACUUUUGGAAACUGCUGACACAUACGGUAAAAUUUAAAAGUUUUUUUCGUUUAAAUGUCGAGAUUUUGGUCGAGUUUGUUUUUCGCCUUUUUAAUCGAGUUUCUCGAUUACAUUUUAAUCUAAAGUUUUGAAUAUGUAUACUAGAUGAUGGAAAUGGUUUGCCUCUUUAUUUUUCCAGAUAUUUUACAGAUUUUAACGACAUUCGUGUUCCUUUGCGUGCAUUUUUAUUCUGCUUUUUAACGUAAACAUUAUUUAGUAACAAUUCGGGAAGCCAUUCUGUGUUUCAAAUUUUGGACAUUUUAAGCCUUGUUUCCUUCUUUUAUAAUUAGCCAAACUUUGCUUGUAUAACGACCCCUUGCUAUUAUACUGUUUUACGACAUGUUUUUUAACUUUUUUAAAACUCACAAAUAGUAUUUUUAAAGUCAUUCUUGGGAGUUCCAACUCUGAGUAGUUGUCAACAAGGCCGAGGGGCGAAUACUCGGCUUCGCCUCGUUGACCAUAGUGGAAAGUACGCUUUGGCUGCCGCAGGAGACUGCCGCAGUUGACAAGACCAUGCAUUCUAUCCUGCCGCAAUGCCAUAUGCAAUAAUAUGCUGCCGCAGGUAAAAAAUUCAAACAACUACACGCAAUACUGCUGACCACUAAACAAUAAACAUUGAAGCCUUCACUCUUAAUAAAAGAUGUGCUAUUAAAGUCAACACAGCUUUUUUGUCGAAUAACUAAUACAUCUUAAGAUGUGUUGAUACAACACACCACUGACGUGUCAUCCAAAUUGUGCCCCAAGAAUUUUCUAAACUAUUUCUGCCGCACUAUCAAUUUUACAGUUUUUUCUGCCGCAAGAUUUUGCCGCAUCAGCAGUUUUUUACCUUUGCCUGCCGCAGGAGAUCUCCCGUUAAAGUGCCCAACUUUCCACUAUGGCUCGUUGACUAUGCGCUCAUAGACGACUCGGCUUCGUUGUCUAAUUGUUAAAUGGUUGGACAUUCGCGUCUUCUGGGAUACGGACGUUAAAGUCGUAGGUACCUCGGAUCGCCUAUCAAAAUUGGGCAAUAGCCUGUUGGGAAAUCAUCAGUGAGUGUGAAACUCGAUAAACAAGCAAAUAAACAAUCGAGUGAGGGGGCCAAAAUAUUCAAGAAAUUAAUCUUAAAUUAAAUUAAACUUCAAUGGACCAUUUGCAUUAUAGACUAAAUUUUGAUCUAGACAACAAUUUCAUCACAGCUUGAAAGAGCAUCACAAAAUUAGUAAUAUUCCAAAGUUUCGUUGCGAAAUGUUUUAAAAUGCGGAUAAUAUAGCCCUGCGAAAUUUGCAAUUUUCACUCAUUUUGUAUUACAAACGGGAAAUUGAUGCCCCAACACCCGAUUGGGCUGUCCAUUUCCCGUGCGUAAUACAAAAUGACUGAAAAACGGCAAACUUCGCAUGGCUAUAUUAUCCGCAUUUUACAACAUUUCGCAACGAAACUUUGGAAUAUUACUAAUUUUGUGAUGCUCUUUCAAACUGUGAUGAAAUUUUUGUCUAGAUCAAAAUUUAGUCUAUAAUGCAAAUGGUCCAUUAGGUGUCUCUAAUGUUAUUUCCCUACUUUCAGAGCCAAUUGGAAAGCGAAAAUAUAAUUGACGGAGAGGAACUUAACGCGGUAUGUUCAUUUAGUUAUUUUGAACAAAGUACAAUUUGAUCGACACGAAAUAUAACCUCAUUGUAAGUUUAGGUUAAGUUGUUUCUCUACUGCAAUACUAUAGUCUCGAUUUCAUGUCAUUCUUUCAUGUGCACAAAAAGACGUGUUUAGCACUAUGUUAAAAACACUUAUUAAUAAUGCUCAAAUUCUCUAACUUAGAUCUUAAAUGAGUCUUUCUUGCCUGUGAUUGGAGAGAAACAGACACGCUACGAAUGUGAAAUGGACAUAUUCGAGGUACUUAAUUAGUUUAGAAAAUAACGCAAUUGUGUGAAACUGUGGAUGAUCGAUAUUUUUCAAAAACGAGGAUGAGAUGGUUAGCUGUUCUUACUCAGAUUUCCCAACACUAUCAUAUAUUCUAACACUCAUCAAACCUCAUGAUAUUUUGUUAAUCUAGAGCUUGUCCCCAGCAAUAAUGCGUGACUGCCAACUCUCAUCAACUCUCAUCCUCGUUUAACCGGGGCUCAAAGCAGGGGCGAAACGUCGGUAUUACGGCCGGGGGGGGGGUGAGCUUGUUUUGCCCGACAAAAAGAGCGUGGCCAAAGUCGUCGGCCAAUAAUAUCUCUUUUCCCAAAUUGUUGGUGAGCGUAAAAAAUAUCUGGACAUAGCAUUUUUCACUAACUCUCAAAUAUUUUCAAAAUUCGCCCGACAAAAUUGUAUGGAUAUACCCGACGAGAUAGAGACCAUCAUUAUAUGUAGAACGAAGAAAGUUUCAGAAAAUUACAGUCAAAGUCUCAGAAAGUUACUGUUGGGAAAUUACCCAUUGAACUGGAACAAUUAACUGUCUCAGAUGAAAUUUUUUAUGGAUUUAUUUUUUAUGAUAUUAUUAUGCGAAAGAAGACCCCCCACCGCCACCACUGUACGCACAGUAGUUUCACCCCUGGCUCAACCUGUCAAUAAUAAAUGUAUUCGUAUUUGUUGGUCUAAACUUCACUGUAGCUUAGAUUUUGGUAUUUUUGUAGAGAACGAUCGAAAACAUAACAAUUUUCCAAGACGGUUUGGUCCGUUCCUUAUUCAAGUUUGUCCAAGGUGCAGCACAUAUCUGGGAUACGCACGAAAUUGGAGUGGCGAGACAGGAACGAGCACUACAGGUACUGUAGCUACUUUGCUGGCACCAAACAUACUACUAGUCAUGACUAUAGUCUUAAUAGUCAUGACUAUGGUCUUAAUAGUCAUGACUAUGGUCUUAACUAUAGUCUUAAUAGUCAUGACUAUAGUCUUAACUAUAGUCUUAAUAGUCAAGAUUAUGGUCUUAAUAGUCAUGACUAUGGUCUUAAUAGUCAUGACUAUAGUCUUAACUAUAGUCUUAAUAGUCAAGACUAUAGUCUUAAUAGUAAUGACUAUGGUCUUAAUAGUCUUAACUAUAGUUUUAAUAGUCAUGACUAUGGUCUUAAUAGUCAUGACUAUCGUCUUAAUAAUCAAGACUAUGGUCUUAAUAAUCAAGACUAUGGUCUUAAUAGUCAUGACUAUGGUCUUAAUAGUCUUAACUAUAGUCUUAAUAGUCAUGACUAUGGUCUUAAUAGUCAUGACUAUGGUCUUAAUAGUCAUGACUAUUAAGACUAUAGUCAUGACUAUUAAGACUAUAGUCAUGACUAUUAAGAUUAUAGUCUAGGAUAUCAUAGAGUAUCAUACAACAUCUUAGGAUAUCAUUCAGUAUCUUAGGAUAUCAUACAACAUCUUAGGAUAUCAUUCAGUAUCUUAGGAUAUCAUACAAAAUAUCUUAGAGUAUCGUGCUAUACCUUAGGAUAUCAUACAAUAGAAUCCCACUAACUCGAAUUCAGUUAUGUCAGACAAUCUUGUUAAUUAAAAACCUGUAAAUUCAUUGUAUACUGUAGAUCAACGGAUUACAGAGAAAUCGUCAGAUUUAAAAGUCACUGGCUAUAGUGCAAAUGCCGGCUGCUAUUCUAAACCACGCUAUGUUGUAAUGUGUCCUUCUUUACCUUGAUUUUCUAGGAGGAUUUAGAGGGAGGGCGACAUCGUCAUGAUGGAGCAAAUCAGGUAAUUAUUGACCAACUGUCCACGUUUGGGAAACAUGGCUAUAGAAGACAAUGAUACCACAACAAUUCUUGCCAGUUGUCCUCAAGUCUUAUCUGACAAACGUUAUACCAACUAUAAUACGUUUUCUAGGUCAAAGAAGCAAAUCUUGACAUUGUCAUGGAUAAAAUGAGGCAGGAAUCAAGCCAGCAGGUAUAAGAUAAAUCAUGAAACUUAUAUUAAGGCCUGUUUACACUUGCAAUCUCUGCUGAGAUUUUAGGUGCGAUUCUCUUCUUCUGAUGGAUGUGAACGAGUAGAUGAGUUACGAAUGUUCAGGUGAGGGUACAUCAGUGAAACAUACACUCAGAACAUUCAUCACUUAUUUACUCGUUCACAUCCAUCAGAAGAAGAAAAUCGCACUAUUGCAGCAAAAAUGGACCAUUUGCAUUAUAGUCUAAAUUUUGAUCUAAACAAGUCUAGACAACAAUUUCAUCACAGCUUGAAAGAGCAUCACAAAAUUAGUAAUAUUCCAAAGUUUCGUUGCGAAAUGUUGUAAAAUACGAAUAAUAUAGCCUUGCGAAGUUUGCCAUUUUUCAGUCAUUUUGCAUUACGCGGGGGGAAAUUGACAGCCCAAUACCUUUUGGGGCUGUCAAUUUCCCGUUUGUAAUAGAAAAUGACUGAAAAACGGCAAACUUCGCAAGGCUAUAUUAUCCGUAUUUUACAACAUUUCGCAACGAAACUUCGGGAAUAUUACUAAUUUUGUGAUGCUCUUUCAAGCUUUAGAUAAACAUUUAGUGUAUAAUGCAAAUGGUCCAGUGCAAGUGUAAACUAUAAACUACAAAUUUUUUUAACUGAAAUCAAUAAAAUUUCUUUACAGACUUUAGAGCAGAGUCUUGCCCAAGCGUGCUCUCUCUUGGAAGAAAUACAAGAAGGGUAUGUAUAGGGUUAUUGUUCACGUGUUUGAAGUACUAUUUAAACCACGAGCAGGAGUGCUUUAUCAGAUAUAAACACGAGGCGACAGCCAAGUGUCUUAUAUCUGAUAAAGCACGGACUGCGAGUGUUUCAAAUGAGUUCAUUGGCGAAGUAGUUGUAAAAAUCAACGUUGUCUAAGCCGAGAAAAUCAAAGCUAAAGUUUAUGUAAAUUGACAUAAUUUUAUCGAUACAUAUGUCUCACGAAUAAUGACAAAGUGGUUUCCUUUGUCUUUUCCUCAGGAAUUAUUGAGUUUAGUAAUGACAGUUGAUACGUUAGAAUAAGAAUUAGUAAUAAGAAUUCCUGAAAGUCUUUGAAUUACCGGUAGCUGAAUAAGUGCAAUAGUAGUUAAACAUUGUCAACUUAAAUACAAUUAUCGUUGAUGCUGUAAAAUUGUCAUUAGACCUUAUGCAUAAUGACGUCACAAGGGUUGUUGCCCGCGAGGAAUACUGGUCUUAGUAGUCAUGAUAGUCAUCGCCCGGGAAAAUUUCGAUAGUGGCCAUUUUGGAUUGUUUAAUUUUCCCGGGCGAUGACUACUGAGACCAGCAUUCCUCGCGGGCGUCAAGCCUUGUGACGUCAUUAUGCAUAAGGUCUAUUGACGCCAUAUAUUUACACAGCAAUAUGAACAAAACUUACUGAACUUCAGACAUCAUUUUCUCUUUGACAUCCCAUCUAAAAUCUCUUCAUUUUAGUAUAAUUCUACAGAUAAAGCACUAAACGUACUUUUUAAGUUUGUUUGCCGUUUGAGAAAUGUAUCAAAAAUUUAAAAAUUUGAAUAUAGUCAUAACCAAAUGUCCCAAAUGGCAAGUGGUAAAGUAUAUUCAUUAGUUUUGAGCGCGUGUUACGUAACAUACAAAAGAUACUCUUCUUACAGUAAUAGUAGCCUUUCUCGUAUUUUUAGUAUUUUUUUAAUCUCAUAUACUAUUUUUAUGUAGUUAUAAGGAAUUUCACUCGGUGCAACUGGAAUGUGUUUGCAAAUAUCCUGACAAAAUCAAAGAUCAACUGGAUAUUUUUGAUCGCGAGAUUUGUGCGUAUUUUGCCGUGGACAGGAAUAAACCACAAGUGAAAAAG